AGGCAUUUAAGUUGAUGUCCGUUCUGCUGCAGGUUCGAGUGACACGUGCUUUCAGACAGUUUGGAGAGAUGUCCGGUCUGCGGGCCUUCGGUUCUGUGCCUGUGGACAAGUGGACCAUCCACCGCGAGUCCAGAAAGAGAUAUUUCUGUGAAGUCUUGCAGUUGGGAUUCCGCCAGAGGAAACCAGGAAGCGCCUCCAGAGAGAGGAAGAGGAUCCGAUUCUACGGAGAGAGAAGGCCUCGCCGUCAGCCCGUCCAGAGGCUGAGCUGCAGAGGCAAUACAAGGUCCUUCAGCGAGAUGACUGAGGUACCGCUAAUGAAAUGUCCCCAAGAGAUGUCCCCCGCCCCCAAGAGGAGGAGGAUCAACACUGGGGAAGCGGUGAAGACCAAUGAGGCUCCUCGCACCUCAGCAGUGGAUCCUGCACCUGAGCUCAGGGUCCAGAGGAGGAGAUGGAACCUCCGCUACUCGAAGACGGUGCCAGUCACUGAAGACGAGGUCACAGAGGCAGAAAAAGUCUCUCACAAAAAGACCUGGAUCACCGGAUCCAGCUACAUCCACCAUGACGGUGCUGAGGACACGGAGGCUCCUGGCACCUCAGCAGUGGAUCCUGCACCUGAGCUCAGGGUCAAGAGGAGGAGCUGGAACCUCUCCUAUUCAAAGACGUCACCUGUCACUAAGGAGAAGGUGACAGAGAGAAAAGUCUCACACAAAAAGAUCUGGAUCAUUGGAUCCAGCUACAUCCACCGUGGGGAGAAAGCUUCCUUUGACUGUUUCGGCCAGAACUUUGGUCUCAAUGCCAAAGUGGAGUGGUUUGGCAAAGGAGGCCUGCGGUGGAGUGGAGUCCUUCCUCGCUUUUACAGCGAGCUGUCGACGCAGAGUCCCCCAGACAUUCUGGUCGUUCACGCCGGUGGCAACGAUCUGGGACUCGUGCCAGCCAAGAAACUUGGCGUUGAAAUCACGAGGGGCUUGAUGCAGCUCCACAAAGACUGCCCCUCCAUGAGGAUUCUAUUCUCCUGCAUCAAUGAGCGGCAAGCGUGGCGCUACGGUGAACCAAGGGUCAUCAACGGGGACAGGAGGACAGUCAACCAACUGAUGACCAGGGCUGUUCACCACUUUGGAGGGGAAGUGGUUCAACAUCCACUCCUCAGGUUUUUCAAGAAAAAGCUCUAUCUCCCUGACGGAGUGCACUUCACCCAGGAAGGAAACCACAUCUUUCUGUCAGUGAUCCACGGAGUCCUGAGGAAGAUGCUCCUCUAAAGAGACUCACUCGACUCCUCCCUGGGAGAAAGUUGUUGAUGUAAAUAGAUUGUUGACGAUGAAAUUUCCUGAUCAGUCGGGAAGCAGUGAACUGAAAACACUUUGAGUCUGAAUGUUCAGUUGACUUGUUUCCUGGAUCACAGGAUGUUGAUGACAGCACGUGUGCUUUGUGACAUUUACAACACUGUUGAGAAAAGACGGCGCCUCACAUGAUUGAGAGGUUUAUCAAUGUUUACAGUAUUUAUACAAAAGAAAUGCAAUGACAAUAGUAAUGAUGGUGGUAUAGGAGUAGGCAUGUGGUGUGUGUGUAUAUAUAAUAUAGGACACAUCAGCUGGGUAGAGGGGUGAAGUAAAACCUCCAUAUGAUUCUAUACUAGUGCACUGUGUAGAGAUUAUCGUGUAUAAUUAUUUGUAUUAUUAGUAGUAGUAUUGUUUUAUCUUAUUGUGUAAAUAUUAAAAGCACUAACUUUGAAUAA